CUGGUAGACAGAAAGAAUGAUAUCCUGAUGUUUUCAACUUUUUCCCGACUUAACUGAUAAUCUAGUUUUAUUACGUAUAAUGAUCUAUCAAGGUUCUUGAUACGACAAGUUAACCAACAAUACUGUUCCAAAAUUUCCAUUAGAUUGUUGGGCAUCAUACUGUACAGAACAAAAAUCAUCAACAUAGAUAUAUACAUAUAAUUUUUUUAUUGUAUUUCUUUCUUCUCUUGUUUUUGUUUGUUUGUUUGUUUUUUUUUCUUUUUUACUUCAAUUAUAACUUUGAUCAUGUUUUUACGAAAAAAUAUAAUUUUCAAUGGCGCUGCUAGCAUGGAACUUUAGAACAAUUCUGACGUAUGAAAAUGCGCUUUGAUAUGCAUUGACUUGGAAGAUUAAUUUUUAACAAGAAGUUGUUGAGUUUUAGCUUAUCUUGUGAAACUAUUGAAAUAAUAUUGACAAAUAUGAGCGAAGACGAUUCCUCUGAGAAUAUAUCAGAUACAGAUUAUGUCAAUUAUUCCGUUAUGUUAGAAUCGGGCCAGUUUGACAAUAAAGAAUUAGGUACAAUGAGAGGCGAUAGUAUAGGAGAUACUGUUUAUAGUGCAAAAUGGAUAAUUAAUACGCUUAUCUCUUUAUCAAAGGUUCAAGAUGUUGGUUGGACGCAGAAAUUAGAAAAUGAUUUGUGUAUACUAUGGGAUAUGACAGCUGAGAAGGAUAUAGCCAUGUAUUUAUAUGAAAAUGACUUUCUAAAAAUAGUUGAAGCUUCUUUAGAAACUUCUACUGUACCUAGAUUAACAGAGAUAUUAUUUGGUAUUAUUGGUAAUAUGAGUUGUCAAACAAGUAUAUUACAAUCUAUGGGAAAUAAUAAGCAACUUGUCAAAACAAUCUGGAGAAAUCUUUUAUCAGAUGAUACAGAAUCUUUACUUCAGAUUUUUAGGUUAUUACAAGCAGUGGUUUGGGAUAUUCAAAGAAAUCCUGAAUCCCAAUGGGUAAAAAAUAUUAAAGAGUGUGAUUUUUUUAGCGAAGUUGUGAUUUUUGUAUUAAAUAGUUCUACUAACAAUGAUCUGCUCGUUACAACUUUAGAUUUAUUACUUUCAAUUUCACAACUAAGCGAUACCAACCUUCUGUUAGAAUUAUUUAACAUAGAAAAACUGGUUUCUGCACUUUUAGAGUGUUUUAUGCAAGUUAUUCCGCAACAAAAAUCUCAUUUCACAGAAGCAGAAUUAAAAGUGAUAGAAAAAUGGCUCACUGUAUUGUCUACUGUAGUGAAAUUUGAUCAGAUAACAAAUAAUAAAAAUAGUAAAGACAUUAUGAAAUUAAUGGAAAUUAUAUUUAAGAUAUUACAGCCAUAUAAACAUAAAAGUAAUUUAAUUCCAAUUGACGAGAAUUCUGCUUUGUGUAUUCAGGAAUGUAUUGAAAUAAUAUUAUACAUUCAAAAAACUAAAACAUGUAUUAUACCAGAAAUAAACAGUAUUAUAAUAAACAUCAUCUGCAAACUUAAAUCAGCUGAACAAGAUGAUUUUAAAACUCGUCUGGAUGAUAUAACUAUUGAACUUAUUGACUACUUAGAAAGAUAUUGGGUGGAAAUGUUAGGAAUAUAUACUACUGACCACAUAAAAGAUAUCCUAUGUAUAUGUAAUAAGCAAGUUGCAAAUAGUUUGGUUGAAUUCAUUAAACUACGACCUAAUGUAUCACAGUUUAAAUUAGAGAAGUUAUUAGAAGCAUAUUCUUGCCUCUCGUAAAACAAAUAUAUUAAGCUAAUGAAACAAAUGGAUUUUAUAUA